AUGUCUUCAGAGUCCCUGCCCAUUUCCCUUGCCGCCUUUGCUGAGGCUAUCAAGGAGCUGCCCCUCUCGUCAGUAUUCGCCAAGGCGUCCGAAAUACACAAUUCAAUCGCGCAUUUGCGCCGCUCAAACGAUGAAAUCAAAGCUUUUAUCGCCGAUUCGCAUGAUACAGAGAGCGAGAAAUCAGAGAUGGAGAGUUAUAUUGCAGAGAAUGAGCAGGUGAUGGCUUCCAUGUUGGAAAGGAUCCAGCUCCUCAAGAAAGAAGUCGAAGAUAGAGGGCAGCAGUGGAUUGACAUGGAUGCAAGCUCAGACGGUCAGAAGCAGGCAGUGGAAGAAGAGGAAGCUCGUUUGGAAGCUCCGGCUUCUAACGGAGUAGUUGGUGGUGAGAAUCACCAACCAGUGCCGAAUGGCAGUGCGAAUAAUGCAGUGGAUGAAGAUCAAGGCGUAUACCUUUGA